CCUCACACACAGUUUAGACAUUGCAAGUGACAGCUCUUUUAUCUCUGCAGAGUGACCACACCAGCACACAGGACCUGUUCCAGUGCGAGGCCAGUCUGUGCAGAGGAGUGUUUCUGCCCUGGGCUGCAGGGAGCACUUCAUCCAGGCUCUGCAUUUCCUGCCCUGCCAGAGGACACAUUCAGAGCUCAACCCUGACACCAGAAGUCUCUUUUCUUUCAGGAGCUGAUGUUCCACUGUUAACCACUAUGGAUAAAUUCAUGUGUGAUUUCCUGGUAGGAAAGAAUUUUCAGCAACUGGCCAUCAACUUUAUCCCUCACUAUACCACAUUAGUCAAUAAGGCAGGGGGUAUCAUCGCUUCAGAAAACCUUGAUAGAAUUCAAGCAGCCCUUAAGGAGGCCAAGCUAAAAGAUGUGGCUGACAUAAUUGAGGAAUCACUUGUGGCAGCAGAGAAUGCUCCUCUGGAUGUGGCUGUGAUUGGGGAAUCUGGCACUGGGAAGUCCAGUUUCAUCAAUGCCCUGCGAGGACUUAGUUAUGAAGAGGAGGGUUCUGCAAGUGUUGGAGUCGUGGAGACUACCAUGAAGAAAACGCCCUAUCAACAUCCAAAAUAUCCCAAAGUGACCUUCUGGGACCUGCCUGGAACUGGAACCCCCAAUUUCCAUCCACAUGAAUAUCUAGAAAUGGUGGAAUUUGCUACAUAUGACUUCUUCAUCAUUAUUUCUUCCUCCCGGUUUAGUCUCAAUGAUGCUUUGCUGGCCCAAAAUAUCAAGGAGAUAGGCAAGAAAUUCUACUUUGUUAGAACCAAGGUGGACAAUGAUUUAUAUAAUGAAGAGAAAAGCAAACCCAUGUCUUUCAAAAGGGAGAGAGUGCUUCAGCAGAUACGAGACAACUGCCUGGCUAAUCUUAGCAACAUUGGAGUGCCUGAGCCAUGCAUCUUCUUGGUCUCCAACUUUGACCUGGACGACUUUGAUUUCCCAAGACUGGAGGAAACCCUGCUGAAGGAGCUCCCUGUUCAUAAGCGCCACAUCUUUGCACUCCUGUUGCCCAAUUUAUCUUACACUUCCAUUGAAAUGAAGAGAGCUUUCUUCAAGGAAAAGAUCUGGCUGGAUGCCCUGAAAUCAUCAGCUUUGAGCUUCAUCCCCUUCAUGGCCUGCUUUAAUGGCUUUGAUUUUCCCCAGCAGGAAAAGUGCUUGAACCUUUACCAGAGCCAUUUUGGUUUGGAUGAGAAGUCGGUCAAAGGGAUUGCAGAGAAGCUGGACAUGUCUGUGGAGGAGAUCAAGAGUUUCACCAAGUCCUUGGAUUUCUGGUUACUUGUGAAGGAUGACAGCAUAGCAGAAAAAGCCAUGAAGUGUGUUGAAUGCUAUUGCUCAGUAAAUGGAGGCCUGCCAUCCACUAUCUUCCAGUUCUUUAAAAUCUACUUUCUACAUUUGAAAUUCAUCAAUACAGUGGCAGAUGAUGCUAAAAUUCUUUUGCAUAAGACUUUAGAGAUCUUAAGUCACAGAAGAUGACAGAGAGAUGAAUGCCUAACUCAAUAAUAAAUAGGCCUAAGAUCUUGUGUUCUGUAAGUGGGGAUGGGAUCCUUUUCCACUUACCACCAAGGCCAGAUCUUCCCUAAAGUGGCAAGAAUAUCUCUCCACUGGAAAAAAAGCAUUGUUCCAUAUUGAUAUUCCACUACUAUGCAAAGAGGAUUUAACUAUGGCUUCUUUCUUCAUUCCCUGGGCUAUUUUGCCAAAAUCAUGACAUAUAUACACCCCAUAGUUUUUAUUAAUCUCCAUGUAUUAUGAAGCAGUUUACAUUUGAUUCAUUUAUUCAGAUAAUAAAUGUUGGUAACAACCAAGAUAACUGUUGUCCAUUGGCUUUUCAUGAAUGAGUUUCCCCAAUCAUCAGAUCAAUACCCUCUUCACCAGAGUAAGGUCAAUUCAUGACUAUGGGCACAUGUGCAAGUGAGUAAUUUAGUAUGUAAUGGGGCACUACAGCAUAGAAGAGGAAGUUGAAAGAGCAUUAGGGAAAUGUUCUAGGAUGUCAUAUUUUUAGAUACUAUAGGGGAACAGAGAGAAGGGAACAAAGUUAGGGUUUAUAUUUCUAAUACUUUCCAAACAUUAGAUGAGAUGAGAGACUUGUGAACAAGAUACAAUGAGGGACAUGAGAUAUGAGAGAAUGAAGAUGAAUUAAGAAUGAGCCUGGAUCUC